CGCUCAGUUCCGCGAUGGUCGCGAGGCGACGUGCGUUCUUGUGUGGUGCGAUUGCUACUCCUCAGCGAUUUCUGUCCGUCGUUGUUUUUCCGAUCCCGAUCAUCCGAAAUCACGAUUAUUGCAGUUGUGCCCGGACGACUUGACUUCGAAACCGUAUUCGAAUCACUAUCAGGCUCACCUGUAACAUUUGUCUGGAUCAGAUACUAUACUGGCGUACCUACAUUAUUAUUAUCACCGCGAUUUAUAAACACCUUACGGGGUUACUGAGCACUAUAUUUGGUUACCUUUUUUGCGGUCAUAACGAUAUGUCUUACUCGGUUACCGGGGGCGGUGGCGGCGGUCAGACAGUGGUCGCUGCGCUACCACAUGGCUGUUCAACGAUCCCGAACACUCCCGAUGUGAUCAACUCGCUCAUAUCCUUGAUGGAUCCAUUCCAAAAUUUCCCCGGCAACGGGUCACUCGCGUCUGAAGACUCGUCCGGCUCGACGUGUUCCCCCGUGUCGACGUGUUCCCCCGUGUCGACGUGCUCCCCCGUGUCGCCGACAGCCAGGAUGCAGAGCAUCUGUUCCAGUCUGAAGGUCAAGGAGGAGCUUAAGAUGGCCAUCCGGUCAAAACAGAGGAACGCGGCGACGGCGACCGUGACAUCGACGUGUGCUGGCGGAAGUCCGGUGGAGACUGGUGGACCGAUCACUUCCGGUGCGUGUGCGAUGAUCGUGGCGGCCACGGCAUCGGCUGGUCUGGCCGCCUCAUCGCCGGGCGGCGGACACGCGAAAAAACGAAGAACAGACGAGGAGUCUCACGGUGAUGAUGACUACGACGACGACGACGGAGAUGGAGAUGAUGUAUCGUCCCAUGGCGAAGGACUAACGGCCGAGGACGAGGAGAGGAGGAGACGGCGGCGGGAACGCAACAAAAUAGCGGCGACCAAGUGUCGGCUGAAAAAACGCGAAAAGACUACGAAUCUGAUGCAAGAAUCGAACGUGUUGGAGACGAAAAACUACGACCUAAAGUCGCAGAUCCAGGAGCUGGAGACGCAGCGGAACGAACUGAUGAAGAUGCUCUCGGCGCACCCUUGCGCCAAAAGGCACCCUCACCAACACCAACAGCACCAACAGCAGCACCACCAACAUCAACCGCAGCACCAACACCAGCAGCAGCUCCAAGAGCAGUACUCGGUGGAACCUUACGCGACCGACCCCUAUCGCCAACAUGGCCACGUGGCCGUCGACCCACCGGUGCUUAAGGACACCAUGUUCAACGGCGGCGGAUACGCCCCAGUGUCGGCCUCGGUGGCCGACCAACCCGCUGGCGUGUACCACCGACCGACCACCUCGACGGCCGCGUCCAUGGCCACCGGCCACUAUCCUAUUGUUGGCAUCGGGGGUGGUGGUAACGUUUACGGGUCUUGCGUCGACGAACUGUACGAUUACAAUAAAGACUUGAUUUCCGGCGGGGGUGGAGGACCGCCCGACUUAAGUCAUCAGUACUACGACCAUGGUAUAUGUUGAUAUUCCGAUGUACACCUACCGCGUAUUUUCUUCUUUUUUUUUCAUGCCCACCCACCAAAGUCCGAUUUUCAAACAUCGAAAUAUUAUUAUUAUUAUUAUUAUGUUAGUUUUUUACAGUUUAUCUAAUAACAGAAUAUUACACCCGUACACGGUAAAAUAUUGUUCAAAAUAUUAUUAUGAUAAUCUCUUCGAAAUUAUAAUAUUAUAUACGCUCGCUCGGGCUGCCACCACCUUUCCCCGAGCUUGUGUGAUGAUGGAUUCGGAAGAAACCCAUUUUUACACCGUCAAUAAUAUUAUAUAUUACUUACUUUAUUAUUAUUUUACUGUUAUUAAUAUUCUUAUUUUUUUUUAUUAUUAUUAUUAUAUUGAUUACGAGUAAUAGUUACCUAGAUAAAAUAUAUGUGAUUACAUGGAAUUAUUAAGUGCUAACAUGCGUAUAUGUAUAUCAUAUUAUAAUAUAUACGCAGGAGUAAAUAUAUAUUUUUAUAUACAUAAUAAUUAUAAUUUAUACUAUUAUUAACUAUAUAUUUCAAAAAUGCGCAUUGGCAUUAUUUUUAUUUUUGCGGAUUCUGCACACGUUGUCCGUAUAAAUAUAAAAUAUGGCUGGUACAUACGCGUAAUAUAUUUAUUAAAUUUGAUAUACUUUUAUAUAUUAAUUCGGCACAGGGAAUAAAAUAUUAAAAAUUAUGAAUCCCAGCAUCGAUCACUAUUAUAUAUGAAUAGUCGUCGAAUGCAACCAAAGACUCAAUAUUGUUAUAAUAUAUGACCGUAUUGUAUUAUUAUAAUAUUAUAUGUUAUCCGCGGGUAUGAUAUAUUUUUUUAUAUUUUCCUCUGUGGAAAAUCCACCAUUAUUUUUUUUGUUUUUAAUACUUAAGACGUAUAGUAUAUAUAUAUAUAUAUAUAUAGUAUUUAUAAUAUAAUAUUAUAACAUUGUACUGCAGAACUGUUUUGUAUUAUUUAUUUAUUUAUUAUUAUUUACUAUUAUUUACAAUUAUUAUUGCUAUAUUAUUAUUGUAUAAUGUUAAUAUUUUA